CAAACAGGAAACUUUAGUGAAUUUUGUAUGUGGUAGCAGUUGGGACUGAACUUUUAAAGAUGACGGAGGGUCGGUCGCGUGUGCAGCAGAACGAUUUACUUCUGCACGAGGCUGUGAUCAAGAACGAGCCCGCAGCCGUCAGGGAGGCGUUGCUCAGGCCCACGGAUGUCAACUGCAGGAACAACUAUGGCCGAGCACCGAUACAUUGGGCAGCUAGCAGAGGCAACGUAGAAAUCAUCAAACAGCUUAUCGAAGCUAAAUGCGACAUAGAAGCUGCUGAUAAGUUCGGCAUGCGGCCGCUUCUCAUGGCCGCUUGGCACGGCCAUCUCGACGCGGUAAAGGCGCUCGUCGCGGCCGGAGCCUGCCUCGCAGCUACUAACAAGAAACACAACGACAUCCUCCAGUGUGCGUGCUCGCGCGGUUCCUUAGACGUCGCUGCGUACGCGCUCAGCCUCGGCGCCAAGGUCCAAGGUUCGGACGCCGCUGGUGACGCGCCGUUAGCAUUAGCAGCUCGCGCCGGCCACACCGCUCUGGUGGAGCUGCUGUUGGAGAAAGGAGCUGAUAUUGACGCUAUUAAUAAGUACACAAUCAGCUUCGGCGCCAAGGUCCAAGGUUCGGACGCCGCUGGUGACGCGCCGUUAGCAUUAGCAGCGCGCGCCGGCCACACCGCUCUGGUGGAGCUGCUGUUGGAGAAAGGCGCUGACAUUGACGCUAUUAAUAAGGGUUCGGACGCUGCUGGUGACGCGCCGUUAGCAUUAGCAGCUCGCGCCGGCCUCACCGCGCUGGUGGAGCUGCUGUUGGAGAAAGACGCUGAUAUUGACGCUAUUAAUAAAGUGGGUAUCUUAUACUCCUACACAAGGUUUAGAGAUAAGACGCUGACGGUUCAACAUAAAACGCAGAUGAAGUUCCGUGUGGACCUCGGAGACAAGGAUCAGGGUUCGGACGCCGCUGGUGACGCGCACACUGCGCUGGUGGAACUGCUGUUGGAGAAAGGCGCUGAUAUUGACGCUAUUAAUAAGCCUCGGAACAAGGAUCAGGGAUCGGACGCCGCUGGUGACGCGCACACUGCGCUGGUGGUACUGCUGUUGGAGAAAGGAGCUGAUAUAGACGGAAGUAAUAAGGUCGGGCGUACCGCUCUACACGUGGCAUGCGAGAGCGGCCACUCGCCCACCGCUGUACUCCUGGUAGCCAAAGGCGCGUCCAGAGAAGCCCGAGACAACUCCGGGCGGACGCCGCUCCAUCUAGCGGCGGUGCACAGACACACGGAGCUAGUGCGGGUGCUGUUGGAAUCCGAGUGUCACGUCGACGCGACCGAUAACAACGGUGUGACAGCUCUGCAGAUGGCCUGUGCACAAGGCUGCCGCGGCAUAGUAGAGCACUUGCUGACAUUCGGCGCUAAUGUGCACUUACAGAAUAAUGUGGGGUCGUCGGCCCUGCAUGCGGCGUGCGCGGCAGACGCCACCGACAUCGUCGAGCUACUCCUGGCCCACGGAGCAGACCCUGCCCUCACUGACCAGAGUCUGAUAGAAUUGGACGCUAUUUAG